CCCUUCCCACGCCCCAGUGCGCUGUGGGAUAGUGGCACUAUAAAGUAUAUCCUCUCUCGAAGAAAGAUAAGGAGCCCAAGACAGGAGGGGAUGAAGAUGGCGGACGCCAAGCAGAAGAGGAAUGAACAGUUAAAACGGUGGUUAGGCUCGGAGACAGAUAUCGAGCCUCCUAUUUUGAAAAAGAAGAAGACGAAGGUGAAGUUCGACGAUGGCGCCGUGUUUUUGGCUGCCUGCUCGAGCGGCGAUACCGAGGAGGUGCUCCGAAUGCUUGACCGGGGUGCUGACAUAAACUACGCCAAUGUAGACGGUCUUACUGCCCUCCACCAGGCGUGCAUAGACGACAACGUCGACAUGGUGACCUUCCUGGUGGAGCAUGGAGCCAGCAUCAACCAGCCAGACAACGAGGGCUGGAUCCCCCUGCACGCAGCAGCCUCCUGUGGAUACAUGGACAUAGCAGAGUACCUGAUCAGCCAGGGGGCCAGUGUGGGUGUGGUGAACAGUGAGGGGGAGACCCCCCUGGACAUCGCUGAAGAGGAGGCCAUGGAGGAGCUCCUGCAGAACGAGAUCAACCGACAAGGAGUGGACAUCGAGGCGGCCAGGAAGGAAGAGGAGCGCGUCAUGCUGAGAGACGCCCGCCAGUGGGUCAACAGCGGCCAGAUCAGCGACGUCCGCCACGCCAAGUCCGGCGGCACGGCGCUCCACGUCGCCGCCGCCAAGGGAUACGCCGAGGUUUUAAAGCUUUUAAUCCAAGCAGGGUAUGAUGUAAAUAUCAAGGACUUUGAUGGCUGGACUCCCCUCCAUGCUGCUGCACACUGGGGCAAGGAGGAGGCCUGCAGGAUACUGGUGGAGAGCCUGUGUGACAUGGACCUCAUCAACAAAGUGGGUCAGACGGCUUUCGACGUAGCAGAUGAAGAUGUAAUUGCCUACUUGGAAGAACUGCAGAAAAAGCAGAAUCUGCUUCUGAGUGAGAAGAAGGAUGUGAAAAAGUCUCCCUUGAUAGAAACCACCACCACUGGGGACAAUAAUCAAUCUUUGAAACCACUGAAGAGCAAAGAGACUGUCCUCCUGGAGCCUGAGAAGAGCGCCCCCCGUAUCGAGGCCCUGGAGCCGGAGAAGGUGGACGAGGAAGAGGAGGGCAAGAAGGACGAGUCCAGCUGCUCCAGCGAGGAGGAAGAAGAGGAAGACUCCGAAUCCGAAACCGAAGCAGACAAGAGCAAGCCUUCGCCCCCGGUCAGCAACAGCACCAGCACCCCCACCCCGGCUCCAGCCAGCGUGGCCGUGUCGUCGCCCACCACCCCCACCACCCCGACCAGCCCCACUAACCAGUCUGAUUAUAUUACUCCCCUCAUGCCUGUGGCGGAGCCAAGCUGUCCUGCAUUGUGGCGUCAAGGCUUGCGCAAAACUGGCAUUUCUCUCGUGCCCAAAAAACCUAUGGUGGCCCAGUCGGCAGGGAAGGUGUCCCCCAAGGAGGACGAGAGGAAGGACGAGUCCCCCGCCUCGUGGCGCCUGGGCCUGAGGAAGACGGGCAGCUACGGGGCGCUGGCGGAGAUCACCACCACCACCAAGGAGGCCCAGAAGGAGAAGGACCCGGCCGGGGUGAUGCGCUCGGCCUCAAGCCCCCGCCUCUCCUCCUCCCUGGACAACAAGGACAAAGAGAAGGAGAAGGACAAGGGAACCCGGCUGGCCUUCGUUGCCCCCACCAUCCCCAGGAGACUGGCCAGCACGUCGGACAUUGACGAGAAAGAGAACAGGGACUCUGCUGCUAGCCUGGUGCGUAGCGGCUCCUACACCCAGAGACGCUGGGACGAGGACACCAAGAACAGCAAAGGCACCGCCUCCACCAACAGAACCACGCCCAGCUACCAGCGCAGCACGUCCCACACGCUAGCGCUAGGGCGGAGUGGCAGCACGCGGGACGUGCCCGCCAAGUCCUCGUCCGCCUCCAGCUUGGACCCUAACACCUGUAACGCUAAACCCUGGCAGUCGCCCUCCUCCCACUACCAGUCUUACAGCAUAUACCGCAGUGGGUCGUUUGGCCGGAGGCACGAGGACCUGGGCUCCUCCACCACGUCCGCCUCCUCCACCACCACCUCCUCGUCUGUUACCUCACCCACGGGCCACCGCGGGCUGCUCUCCAGCCUGGGCUCCUCCUCGGCCCGCACCGGCUCCUCCAGCAGCCUCACCAGCAGGUACUGGGCAGAGGAGAGUGCGGAGAGGGAAAAGGACAAGGAGAAGGAGUCUGCUGCGGUCAUCCCCACCAUCAACACUGGCUCCACCACCACGUCCACUACAACCACUGGCACCAUCAUAGGCUCUGACGGCAGGGAGAGGCGCAGAUCGUACCUCACGCCUGUCCGAGACGAGGAGUCCGAGUCUCAGAGGAAGGCUCGCUCCAGGCAGGCCCGCCAGUCCAGGAGGUCCACCCAGGGCGUGACCCUGACUGACCUCCAGGAGGCAGAGAAGACCAUGGGGAGGAGCCGCCCCACACGGACCCGCGAGGAGGAGAAGGAGGAGAAGGAGAAACAGGACAAGGAGAAGCAGCAGGAGGAGAGGAAGGAGACGGAGACCAAGGAGGAGGACUACCGGUCGAGGUACCGCAGCCUGGAAGAGCCGUACCAGCGCUACCGCCCCUCCUCCACCUCCUCCACGGUCGGCACGGCCGCCCCCUCCUCCAGCUCCUCCCUCAGCUCCUACAGCUCCCUCAACCGGCCCAACAGCCUGACGGGCAUCACCUCCUCCUACAGCCGCGCCUCCAGGGACACGGAGAAAGAGUCGGACAAGAAGGAGGAGGAGAAGGAGGGAGAGGACAGGUCCCAGCCCCGCUCCAUACGGGAUCGCCGGCGGCCCCGGGAGAAGAGGCGCUCCACCGGGGUCUCCUUCUGGACCCAAGAUAGUGAUGAGAAUGACCCAGACCAGCAGUCGGACUCGGAGGAGGGCAGCAUCAAGAGCGAACCCCAGAGUGACCGACUGUCCAGGAACGAGAGCAGCACCUCGUCCUCUGACCGCUACGACGCCCUGGGUAGCCGUGGCUACGGCGAGGGGCGGAGGCCGUACUCCAGCAGACUGGACAGAGAUGAUGCCACUGACUACAAGAAGCUUUAUGAGCAGAUACUAGCUGAGAAUGAGAAGCUGAAGGCCCAGUUACGUGACACCGACCUGGAGCUGACAGACCUGAAGCUACAGCUGGAGAAGGCCACACAGAGGCAGGAGCGCUUCGCUGAUCGCUCAAAGCUCGAGAAGGAGAAAAGGGACAGAAGAGCUCUAGAAAGGAAGAUCUCUGAGAUGGAGGAGGAACUCAAGAACCUCCCCCAAGUAAAGCAGGUCCAGGCCUUGAGGCAGGUUAAGGAGCGGCUGCAGGCUGAGAACCGGGCCCUGGCCCGCGUGGUUGCCAAGCUGUCCGAGUCCGCCUGCAGCCACCUGCCCGCCGUUGACCUGUAGCGCCCCCCCUCUCCUCCCAACACGACCACCACCUCACCACCACCACUUCCCUCAACCCCUUCUCAUGCUCUCCAUCCGUGCUCCGCCCCACGCCCAUAGACAGGCAGGUGCCCCCAGAGCCACAUCGACACCACCAGGUUUUACCACUGUGACCCCCCCCCCCCCUCCCCUCCGUUCUUCUGCCUCCCCUGGCCUCACCACUUUUACAAUGGGGAGUGCGAUUUGUUUUUUGGACCGGGCACUUUCCUUUUUUAGUACACCUUUUUAAGAACAGAAAGAUUGAGCCCUUUUUUUCCACUUGGGAUUUUCAUCUAAUUUUAAGUCAGACGCUACCAGACUUGAAAGCAGACAACCAGAGACUAAAGGAUGAGAAUGGAGCCCUCAUUCGCGUCAUUAGCAAGCUUUCCAAGUAGAGCCCCCCCUGCGCCCCUCCAUCCUGCGCCCCUCCAUCCUGUGCCCCGCGCCACCUCCCUCAUGGCAGUGACUCAUGGAAUUGCACAUUUAGAUAUUAAUUGCAACAGACAUCAGAAACAAGAACUCCCCCAUCUCCUUCCUCUAUCCCUCCCUUGUCCUCCACUGCCCCUAUCCGUUCCCCAACCAUCCAUCCUUCUUCCCCCCCCCCCCCCCCCCCCCCCCACCACCACCAUUGUAGACGCCUUCGAGGUAAUUUUCCACUUGAUUCAAUGGUUACUGGUCCAGAUCCGGGAUCACAGUUUACACAGCAGAUGAAAUGGGGAUUGUGAAACGGCGUUAUGGACGGGGAAGCCUCAAAAAAAAAAAAAAAAAAACUAUUUAACCAUGAAGCCUUAGUUUGUACAUAUAAAACAA